UUCAGCUUUAAAUUCACAUUUCUAACUCACCUCCAACUAAAUUUUCCGUCCUAUUUUCCCGGAAAAGAAUUCUGCGGCCGACAUCUCCUUUUCUUUUUUAUCGGCAUUUUUUGAAAAAUCCCCCACCGAAUAUUCGCAUUUGCAUGGCAGUAAGUUUUUUGAAUCGGGAGGUAUCUGACCUGUGCCUUGGUAAGCCGCCGUUAAAGCCUAUUCCGGCGGAAGCCACCGUAUCGGAGGCGUUGACGGCGUUGAAAAAAUACGGCGAGACUCAUGUAAGCGUUUGGAGCUGUGACCAUACCAGGAAGGUUGUAGAAGAAGGUGAAGGAGGAGAUUCUGUGUGCCGCUGUAUUGGGAAGAUCUGUAUGGUUGAUGUGAUUUGCUUCCUCUGUAAGGAAGAGAAUUUGGCUGAUCCUUCAAAGGCUCUUCAGACUCCUGUGAAACAGAUUUUGCCUAAAGGGAAUUCCAUCGUCAGGCAUUUGGAUCCAAAUUCAAGCUUGCUGGAAGCAAUAGAUUACAUUCUUGAAGGCGCCCAGAAUCUGGUUAUACCAAUUCAAAACUACAGCAGCACACCUUCGAGGAAAAAACUUUUGAGUAAAGCAUCAUCUCUGAGGCCCACAAAUCAUAACGGAGUUGAAUACUGCUGGCUCAUGCAGGAAGACAUUGUCCGGUUCCUUUUGAACUCCAUUGGAGUCUUCUCUCCUAUGCCCACUUUUUCAAUUGAAUCACUCAACAUCAUUAAUCACGACAUGAUGACUGUUAGCUACCAUGACCCAGCAAUUUCUUCCUUGGAUACCAUUAUUCGAGCGUACAUUGAGCAGAGCUCAGUUGCAGUUGUUGAUGAAGACAACCGAUUGAUUGGUGAAAUCUCUCCCUUCACUCUGGCCUAUUGUGAUGAGACCGUUGCAGCAGCAAUCGCGACACUUUCAGCUGGUGAUCUCAUGACUUAUAUUGAUUACGGUGGUCCUCCAGAGGACUUGAUCGAGUUGGUCAAGAUGAGGUUACAAGAUAAGAAACUUGGGGCAAUGGUGGAACUAAUAGAUGAAGAAUUUUCACUGUCUUCAUCAUCAUCUUCUGCUUCGAGUUGUUCAUCAGAUGAUGAAUCAGCCUCAAGCAAAGUUACUGUGCUAGGACGAUAUUCUUCAGCAAGAAGAUCUGAGGCGAUUACUUGUUAUCCGUGGAGUUCAUUGGUAGCUGUAAUGAUUCAAGCUCUUGCACAUCGUGCUAAUUCCAUUUGGGUCAUGGAUGCGGAACAUAAUUUGAUCGGAGUUGUAACAUUUAAAGGAAUUCUGGAAGUUUUCAGGAGUAUUGCUAAUGCGAAGCGUAAACCAGAAAGGGAGAAUAAUACAUCAAAGCAAUAACACACAAUUAAAUGCCAUAUUUAUUGUGUUAAUUUUAUUGUUUUUUUGAAAAAUGGACUAUGCAUAAAUUUUUCUUGAAUGAACAGAAGAUUUAUUGGUGGUGAUUGGAAACAUUUUGUUUGAACUACUAUCAA